AUGGUACUGACUAAUGAGAGUUACCCUGGAGAGUUCAUUCUACUCGGCUUUGCUGACCGACCUUGGCUCCAGCUUCCACUAUUCAUCAUUCUUCUCAUCACAUACCCCACGGCCUUGGUGGGAAACAUCGCCAUCAUCCUGGUGUCCAGGCUAGACCCCCGGCUCCACAGCCCCAUGUAUUUCUUCCUCACCAAUCUCUCCUUCUUGGACAUGUGUUACACCACCAGCUUUGUCCCUCAGAUGCUGUUCAACCUGGGAACCUCUAAGAAGACAAUCAGCUACGUGGGCUGUGCGAUUCAGCUUUAUUUAUUUCACACCAUGGGAGGCACAGAGUGUCUGCUCUUGGCUCUUAUGUCCUUUGAUCGCUAUGUGGCCAUCUGUAGACCUCUGCACUACACCCUCAUCAUGAAUCGGCACAUCUGCAUCUUGUUAGCAUCCAUUGUGUGGCUGACUGGAAUUAUAUUUGCUCUCUCAGAAGCCACUCUCACACUACAAUUACCAAUGUGUGGUGUCAAUAUACUGGAUCACUUGCUGUGUGAGAUCCCAGUUCUGAUCAAGACAGCCUGUGGUGACAAGAGGGCAAAUGAGUUGAUACUCUCUGUCGUGUGCAUUUUUAUAUUAGCUGUUCCCCUUUGUUUAAUUCUUGCUUCCUAUAUCAGUAUUGGACGUGCUGUAUUUAAGAUUAAAUCUUCUGAGGGAAGGAAAAAGGCCUUUGGGACAUGUUCCUCUCAUCUCAUUGUCGUUCUCUUGUUUUAUGGUCCAGCAAUAAGCAUGUACCUUCAGCCCCCUUCUUCCUUCUCAAAGGACCAGCCCAAGUUCAUGGCUCUCUUCUAUGGAGUGAUAACUCCCACACUCAACCCUUUUAUCUAUACUCUGAGGAAUAAGGAUGUAAAGGGGGCAUUAGGCAAACUAGUGAGUAGAAUGUUUGGUUUUAAGUAA